UUUCUUUUCUAUUACAGCAGAAUGGCCAAAGACAAUGACAGGUCUUCCCAGCACGUCAGGGACAACUGCCAGUGUGGUCAUCAUCCGAGGCUUGAAGAUGUAUGUUGCUCACGUGGGCGACUCAGGGGUGGUUCUUGGAAUCCAGGAUGACCCCAAGGAUGAUUUUAUCCGAGCUGUGGAGGUGACGCAGGACCAUAAGCCAGAACUCCCCAAGGAGAGAGAGCGAAUCGAAGGACUUGGUGGGAGCGUGAUGAACAAGUCUGGGGUGAACCGUGUGGUUUGGAAACGACCUCGGCUCACUCACAACGGACCUGUGAGGAGGAGCACGGUCAUCGACCAGAUUCCCUUUCUGGCAGUAGCCAGAGCACUUGGUGAUUUGUGGAGCUAUGAUUUCUUCAGUGGUGAGUUUGUGGUGUCACCUGAACCAGACACAAGUGUCCACACUCUUGACCCCCAGAAGCACAAGUAUAUUAUCUUGGGAAGUGAUGGACUUUGGAAUAUGAUUCCACCUCAAGACGCCAUCUCAAUGUGCCAGGACCAAGAGGAGAAAAAAUACCUGAUGGGUGAGCAUGGACAAUCUUGUGCCAAAAUGCUUGUGAAUCGAGCACUAGGCCGCUGGAGGCAGCGAAUGCUUCGAGCAGAUAAUACUAGUGCCAUAGUAAUCUGCAUCUCUCCGGGAGUGGACAGUCAGGGAAAUUUCACCAAUGAAGAUGAGCUCUAUCUGAACCUGACUGAUAGCCCUUCCUAUAACAGUCAAGAAACCUGCAUGAUGCCUCCUUCUCCGUCUUCCACACCACCAGUCAAGUCCCUGGAGGAGGACCCAUGGCCAAGGCUGAACUCCAAGGACCAUAUACCUGCCCUUGUCCGUAGUAAUGCCUUUUCAGAGAAUUAUUUAGAAGUCCCAACUGAGCUAGCUCGGGGGAAUGUUCAGGCUGCAGUCAUAUCCUCAAAAGAUCCAGAGCCACUGGAAGAAAAUUGCACUAAAGCCCUGACUUUAAGGAUACAUGAUUCUUUGAAUAAUAGCCUGUCCGUUGGCCUGGUGCCUACCAAUUCAACAAACACCAUCAUGGACCAAAAAAAUGUGAAGAUAUCAACCCCAGGUCAAAUGAAAGCCCAAGAAGUUGAAAGAACCCCUCCGGCAAACUUCAAAAGGACAUUAGAAGAAUCCAACUCCGGCCCUCUUAUGAAGAAGCACAGACGGAAUGGUUUAAGUCGCAGUAGUGGUGCUCAGCCUGCAAGCCUCCCCACGACCUCCCAGCGCAAGAACUCUGCUAAACUCACCAUGCGACGCAGACUCAGGGGCCAGAAGAAAAUUGGAAAUCCUUUACUUCACCAGCACAGAAAGACUGUUUGUGUUUGCUGAAAUAUGUCUGGAAAUUUUUUCCAAACUUCUUAAGAGGGCUUUUUUGAAUUUGGUGCCGACGUUGAACUUUUUUUAAGGGGACAAAAUAAAAAUAGUAUGAGUUUGACUUUUUGGAAUUCAGCAAUUUUAGCCUGGCCUUGUACUUGCUUGUAUUAUAAAUGUGAAUUUUGUAGAUGUUAGGGUGUAAGUUGCUGUAAAAUGUGUGUAAAUUUGUAUCCUUCACACAAACUCAGUCUCUUACUCUGAUACACAGUAAAUGUAACAACAGGGCUAAAGGUUUAAAGAAAAAAAGAAUCUAUUAGAUUUUAGAAAUACAUUAAAACUUUUAAAAAUGAUUAUUAAGAAAUUUGUAUGUCACUUGUGCUGAAAACUACACAACUUUUUAAAGUAAAUUAUUAAGCAAACUGGAAAAGUGAUGUAUUUUCAUAGUGACCUGUGUCCCACUUAAUGUUUCUUAGAGACAGCUAGUGUCUUUUUAAAAUUAUUUUUUAUUUCUAAUUUCAUAAUCCAGAACUAAGUUUUUCAUAGAAGCCGAAGUGUUGAACCAGGCAAAAGUAGCUGGGUGUUAGUCUCCUUGUCCUAAUUACAAUACUAUGCAGUAUCUCUUAUUUCAUUUAGUAGCAUUUUUUUCUAAAACAUUAACCAUCAGAUUUGCUCACCAGAUCUUUGAAGUAGAAGGAGGUAUGUUUGCCUAAAGAGAUGCCCUUUUCAAUCAUCCCAGACAUUCAGUGGCAUUAAUAAGUCUUAAAGUAGUUAUAUCCUCUUCUCGUGUUGGAUAAAAUAUGUGAAGUUUUUCUUGCUAUUUCAAUAAUGGAUGGUGCUGCUAAUUCCCAACAUUUCUUAAAUUAUUUUAUAUAUCGUACAGUUUUCAUUGAUUAUAUGGAUAUGUUUGUUCAUCUAAUAAAUCAGUGAACUGUUACUGAUGUUGCUGAAUUAUUGUUAUUGGUUUGUUUUAAUGAUAUAUAUUAACAUUGUGUUAUGCCAUGAUCAAGCUUUAGAAUAACAACUUAAACUGUAUGUAAUGUUCAUUUUUGCACUCUUUAAUUUUAACGGAGAGUACAUCAACUCAGGCUAAAUAUCCAAUAAUAAGAAUAUGAAUAGGUCAGCUAUGGUUAAUAAGUUAUGGUUUGUAAGAAUUUGAUGAAAUAUGUAGCAAUUGAAAGUGAAUAAAACUAUUAUUUGAAAAAA